AUGAGAGAAGCUACAGAAGAGGCACUAAGCGAAAAUGAAGUUGAGUUGAUCACAAAUUACGGGAAGAGCUACUACACGAACAAAAUACUCGACUUGGAGAAGGAAGUCAAGGGGCUCUACGAGCGCGUCAGCUCAAAGCUUGGGCUGCGAGAGGUUGAAACGGGCCUAGCGCCUCCCAUGCUCUGGAAUCUGGCAAGCGACACGCAGAGAGCCAAGACGGAAAAGACUCUGCAGGUCGCCAGGUGCUGCAAAGUAAUGGAGGAUCCCGCAGGAAAUGACAGAUACAUGAUAAACAUCAAACAAAUUGCUAAGUUUAUCGUGGGAAGAAGCAAGUCGCUGAACAAAGAAGACAUUUCAGAGGGAAUCCGAGUGGGAGUGGACAGAGUGAAGUACCAGAUAAUGGUCCCCCUCCCUGCAAAAAUAGACAACGCAGUGACUCUGAUGCAGAUAGAAGAAAAGCCAGACGUAACGUACGCAGACAUAGGAGGAUGCGCAGAGCAGAUAGAAAAAAUCAAAGAAGUUGUUGAGCUGCCGCUAAUGAACCCUGAAAAGUUCAUCAAACUUGGGAUUGAUCCUCCAAAGGGCGUUCUUCUCUACGGGCCACCAGGAACAGGAAAGACGCUCUGUGCUCGGGCAGUGGCCAACAGAGCCAAUGCUACGUUCAUUAGAGUGAUUGGCUCUGAACUAGUGCAAAAGUACGUAGGAGAGGGAGCUAGGAUGGUGCGCGAGCUGUUUGAGCUUGCAAAAUCGAAGAAAGCAUGCAUCAUAUUCUUCGAUGAAGUAGAUGCUUUUGGCAGCACAAGAUUUGACGGCGGGAAUAACGAGGUGCAGCGUACUAUGUUGGAGCUAAUCAACCAGUUGGAUGGAUUUGAGUCCAGGGGGAAUAUAAAAGUGCUGAUGGCGACAAACAGGCCAGAUACACUCGAUCCUGCUCUGCUGCGGCCGGGAAGACUCGACAGAAAAGUUGAGUUCGCACUUCCAGAUUUGGCAGGAAGAGCAGCAAUCCUUAAGAUCCACACAAAGCCCAUGAGCGUGGAAAAAAACAUUCGAUACGAGCUGAUAGCCCGGCUGUGCCCGAGUGCAACAGGAGCAGAGCUGCGCAGUGUGUGCACAGAGGCGGGGAUGUUUGCCAUCAGAGAGAGAAGAAAAGUGGCAACUGAAAAAGAUUUCCUGAUGGCAGUUGAGAAAGUGAUCAAGGGAUAUGCAAAGUUCUCAUCUACGCCACGGUAUCUUACUUACAACUAA